CAUCGUUCCAAAAUGUCCACACAAGACAUUUACGAUGCUGUAUACCCUAUUUUGCUUACGACAGGAUCAUUUGGCCUGUCUGCAGUUUUUAUAGAAACAAAAAAUAACACUCGAAAAUUGGCAGUUUUCAACUUGUUGAAAAUUCUUAAUAUAGUUUAUCUUUCAUUAUUUUCAGCAUUGCUGUAUGUUGUUUUAACGAAUUUACAACACACACAACUUCAUCUAAAUUACAAUGCUGGGGUUACUAAAAUUGGAAUAAUUUUUCAAAUCCUUGCAAACAUUAUGGUCACUUAUGUAAUCUACUUAAUUAACAUAUCAAACAGUCACAAAAUAUUAACCUGCAUUGAGAGCAUCAAAAAAGCUGACAUGAAGUUUAGAGACUUAGGAGAGAAAAUUAUUUAUCGCAAACAUUUCCUAUACGAAAUUUGCAUGAUUUUUGUAGGAUUUCUAGCAAUUUUGGGACGAAGCAUUGUUACACUUAUCUACAUGGGAAGAAAUAUUUUCUUGACAACGGAUGAAACUCAUUUUGCUCUUUUUUUCCCUUUAUUCGUGUCCUACUUGGUGCAAAUUAAUUUUGUGUUAUUAAUCACUCUCGUGCAUGAACGUUUCGCUUUGAUUAAUAGAUUGUUGACGAAUUUUAAUGCAGAGAAAAUUAAUCAUAAUUAUCUCAAUUCGAAACCAUCACAUGAAUAUCAAACGAAACACACACAACCGAAAAUUGAAUUACUUAUGGAACUUCACGAUUUUUUGACCGAUGUUGGCAAUAAAUUAAAUGAUAGUUUUUCAGUCCAAAUAUUGAGCUGCUUGACUUCACAAUUUUUAACUGAAGUCUUUACGAUUUUUUACUUGUAUUAUGAAAGCUUGAUUUUAAAAAACAAAAUUGCAGCUCUAGUAUGGUUCAUGUGGGCAUUAUGGACAACUCUUGAAAUAUUUUACGUAACAAUAAAUUGUCAUUUAACAACCAAAGAAGCCAAAAAUACAGGAAUAGCCAUUCAUAAGGUUCUUAUGAAUGAAUCUGAUCCAAACGUAAAGAGAAAAUUGAUGGUAUUUUCCCAACAAAUAAAUCACAGACCCUUACAGUUUACAGCCUGUGGUUUAUUUUAUAUCGACGCAACUUUAAUUUUUACCAUAGUUGGAGCUGCAGCCACUUAUCUGUUAAUUAUGUUACAAUUUCAAGAAGGAAUUGAAGCACAAUGUUCAAAUAAUACUCUAAUUAAUUAACUGCAAUUACCUUUACUUUGGGUACAGCCCCCUGUUGUUUGUCGCUGUUUUUCAAAUUCAAGAGACAACUUUUCACUUCUUGCAAUUUUUCCACAGAUGUUGUUGAAGGUAGUGUGA